AUGGAGGCGCAGAUGGGGGUGGUGGCGCAGAUGGAGAGCCUGGCGUUUGAGCCCCGCAACGCCGGCCCGGCGCCGGGCGAGGAGCAGGCGGCGAGCGCGGAGGGGGCGCCGGGCGAGGAGCAGGCGGCGAGCGCAGAGGGGGCGCCGAACCCUCCGAGUCCGCGGGAGGGCGGUGGGGAAGACCAGGCCCCGCCGCCCCCAACCGAGGAGGCGCGCUGCUCGCCGCCGCCUGCGAGUCCCAGCGGGCCUCCUGCCGCCGCCCCCUCGUCGGACUCGGACAGUGGUACGGAUUCAGAUAGUUCAUCAACUACAUCCUCCUCUUCGUGUUCUCCUUCAACAGUAUCUGAUGAAGACGAUCAUCCAAAUGAGAAGGAUAACAGAUCUUACUGUGUUAAAACAAAAGAUGAGUUGCCUAUUGAUGAACUGCCUCCUGUUGAAGACUUAUCAAUAGUUCUGCCUGAUGAUGUUGAACUGAAGCUCUUUGGGACAGUUUCCAGCAUCAUCGAGCAGCUAGUAAUAAUUGAAUCACUAAGAGGCCUACCUCCAGUAAAUGAGGAAAGCAUAAUUUUUAAAGAAGAUCGGCAAGCAGCGGGAAAGAUAUUUGAGAUAUUUGGUCCUGUUUUACAUCCCUUUUACGUGUUAAGAUUUAACAGCUCUGAGCAUAUCAAAGCAAAAGGUAUUAAUGUGCAAGAUAGCAUGUAUUUUGCUCCGUCAGUGGAGGACUUCACCCAGUAUAUAUUUGCAGAGAAACUAAAACAGGAAAAAGGUUCAGAUGCAUCUUGGAAGAAUGACCAAGAACCACCACCUGAAGCCUUGGAUUUCAGUGAUGAUGAAAAAGAAAGAGAGGCAAAACAGAAGAAAAAGAAGCCUCAAAGUCAGGGAAGGAAGAAACUCAAACCAGAAACAAAUGCAUCAAGCGACAAUAAAGGAUUUCAUCAGUCAGUGCAACAGCCUGCUUCAAGUUAUUCAAGGGGGUACCGUGGCAGAGGGUUCUCGAGGGAUCCGUUUCCUCCUCCAUCAGGCCAUCCAGGUUUUUUGAGACCACAAGUAAGACCACCACAGCUGUACUCUUCAGACAACAGAAUACAUCAGGAAUCUGCAGUGUUUCCACAACCUCAUAGAAAAGAAAAUCCAGUGAUGAAACAGUAUCCCUUUCCUCCUCCAGUUUUUGGUUCUGUUAAUGAGAUGCAUCAAUUCCACCUUCCGCCUUCAAAUCUGAAUAUGAAUAUGAUUUGGACAGGCCCGAACAUGUACAACUCAUCAUACCCAUUUUUGCCGCCGCCGCCACCUCCACCUCCUCCAGAUAGCCAUCCUUCUCAGUUCGGGCCUUACUAAGUUUCCAUAAAUGUACAUACAGAGCAUUGCAGUUUAAAGGGAGGAAGAACAGGCUGCCAAGACUGCAUUCCCUUAUUUUGGAGAUGCUUCAUUCAGUAGAACAAAU